CAGGGGACACUCAUUCCCUUAAAACAGUGCUCACAUCAUCCCACGGUAUCACAUCGACAAAGGAAUGACCGAGCAAAGAAACGUGAAAAAAGAAGAAUAACGGGUUCGAUGAAUCAUCGCCUGACAGAUCUAUCGAUAAAAACGUAAUUUUAUCUCGGAAAAUAUUUACAUCCGCUGGCGAUGGUCUCAGAAAUGUCAAGUCUUUUCAUAGAGUUCCCUUAUGUGAGCGAACCGUAAAGUUCAGUGAAGAAAGCACGUACUGGUGUGUGAAUCAGUGUGCCCGAGGCUGUUCGGGUGGGGAUCGUGUCUGCAACACAUGCACGUGAACAUUCACACACUGGUAUAGUACCGUACGGUGCGUUACGUGCGCGAGUUGGAGUCAGUGGUUUUUCGAUGAUGCCUUGGUGACGACGGAAUUUUAACGUGUCGAACGAGUACGAAAACGUUGAGACAGAUCAAGAAAAUACCGGCCGAUCAUGAAGCUUAUCGUGUGCAUUGUCUCAACGCUGUUACUGCAGGCAUCGGCUUUAAUCCGUAUCCCGGAUAUUAUAGGAGUCCAAUCUCCGCCGCGGAUAUCCAAACAACCCCCGACGGACGAACAGUUGUUUCAAGUGGCUCAAGCGAAGAUCAAUGAGAACGACAAACCAUUUUUAAUCGAAUGCGAGGCAGAAGGAGAACCUGCUCCAAGAUAUCGUUGGAUUAAGAAUGGAAAGAAUUUCGAGUGGCCAGCGUACGACGACCGUAUAUCUCAGCAACCUGGCAGAGGUACGCUGGUGAUCUCGCGGCCACGGGACGAGGAUUUGGGACAAUAUCAAUGCUUCGCGGAGAACGAAUGGGGAACGGCUACGUCGAAUUCCGUGUUCGUGAGGAAGGCCGAGUUGAACUCGUUCAAGGAUCAGAACCCGGUGAGUCUGGAUGCGCAAGAAGGGCAACCUUUCAAGUUGACAUGCCAACCGCCCGACGGUUGGCCGAAGCCGAACGUAUAUUGGUUGAUCCAAGACACUGCCGGAGGCAUCAAAUCGAUCAACAAUUCGCGAAUGACCCUGGACCCGGAGGGAAAUCUGUGGUUCAGCAACGUGACCCGAAACGAUGCCUCCGACGAUUUUUAUUAUGCAUGCGCAGCUACGUCCGUAUUUAGAAACGAAUAUAAAUUAGGAAACAGAGUUGUGUUAAACGUUAUCUCUUCGGGAAUGUCCGCUAGUCAGAACAAAUACCCCCCUGUUAAACAGUACGUCAGUAGGAAAAACGAGGUUGCCUUACGCGGUAAGAAAAUCGAAUUAUACUGCAUACACGGCGGGACCCCGCUACCGCAAACAGUCUGGAGUAAAAACGGAGAACCGAUCAGAACCAACGAUAGAAUAAUGCAGGGGAAUUAUGGUAAAUCGUUGAUAAUCAAGCACGUCAAUUUCAAAGAUGAAGGCACGUAUACUUGCGAAGCAUCGAACGGCGUGGGUGACGCGCAAUCGUACUCCAUAAAGUUACAAGUGAUGGCGGUGCCGUACUUUACUAUCGAGCCCGAGAUCAUAAACGCAGCAGAAGAUGAGACCGUCGAGUUCAAAUGCGCCGCUGACGGCGUCCCGGUCCCCGAGAUAAAGUGGAUUCACAACGGUAAACCUAUAUCGGAGGCUCCGCCGAAUCCCCGUAGGAAGAUCACGUCGAACUCGAUAAUCAUCGAGAAGCUGACGAAGAAGGAUACCGGAAAUUACGGUUGCAACGCGACGAACUCGUUAGGCUACGUAUACAAGGACGUGUACGUGAACGUUCUAGCUCUGGAGCCUGAGAUCACGCAACCACCGGCGGACAUCGCUACGGUCGAUGGUAAAACCGUGAGGAUCACCUGUCGUGUGUUCGGGGCGCCGAAACCGAGCGUGAAAUGGAUUCGAAACGGGCAAGAACUAACCGGAGGCCGGUACAGGACCUUAGAUUCCGGCGACUUAGAAGUCGAGAAUGUGAUAUUCUUAGACGCGGGCACCUAUACAUGCCACGCGUCCAACAAAUUCGGCGAGGUAGAGGCUACCGGUAAUCUUCAGGUGAAGGAACAUACAAGAAUCACCGACGAACCGGAGGAUUACGAGGUCGCAGCUGGUUCCACCGCUACGUUCAGAUGUAACGCCGUAACGGACUCGAGUUUGGUUCUGACGAUCGAUUGGCUCUCUAACGGCGAACCGAUCGAUUUCGAGAUGGAACCGCGAUUCAUACGAAGCACCGAUUACUCCUUAAUGAUCACGAAAACGACUGAACUGGAUUCCGGUACUUACACGUGCGUCGCUCGAACCGAGCUGGACGAAGCCAAGGCGCAGGCCACGUUGGUCGUUCAGGACGUACCGAACCCGCCGAAACUGCUCGGCAUCUCAUGCAUGGCCAGGGAAGCUAGUAUACAUUGGACACCGAUGGGGGACAACAGAGCUCCGAUCUUGAGAUACACCAUUCAGUACAAUACGACUUUUACACCGGACACGUGGGAAAUAGCGAAAGACAAUGUACCGUCGACCGAACAAACGUACGUGAUCCCGAUGUCACCGUGGGCGAAUUAUACGUUCCGCGUGCUAGCGUGGAAUAAGAUAGGUCCGUCGUUACCGUCGCCGCACAGCGACGUGUGCACGACGUUGCAGGACGUGCCGUACAAGAAUCCCGAUAACGUCAUGGGCAAGGGAAGCACACCGCAAAAUCUCGUGAUAUCGUGGACGGUGAUGCCGCAGAUCGAGCACAAUGCACCGAAAUUCAUGUACAGAGUCUACUACAGACGAGACAUACCUGGAGAGAGAUGGACUAUAGAGGAUAUACACGAUUGGAAGAAGAACAGCUUGGUCGUGGAGAACCAACCGACUUAUCAAAGGUACAAAAUCAAAGUGGUAGCUAUCAACGAAAGAGGCGAAUGUAGAAUCGCGCCGGACGAAGUGGUCGGAUUCUCUGGAGAGGAUGUGCCGUUGCAAGCGCCCACUAACUUCACGCUGGUCCAAAUAAAAUCGAGUACAAGCGCACAAUUCUCGUGGAACGCGGUUCCCGAGGAAUCUGUACGGGGCGAGUUACAGGGGUACAAAUUUCAAACGUGGUCGGAGAAGGAUGGCGAGAAGGCGAUGCGAGAAAUCGAUAUAAGAGGCGGCAACAGGACUCACGCGUUGGUCACCAAGUUUGUACCGUUCAGCAAGAAUUACGUUCGGAUACGAGCGUAUAAUGGCCAACACAACGGACCGCUUUCCGAGACAUUGAGUUUUGACGCGCCAGAAGGCGUUCCGGGAACGGUGCUCAGUCUCGAAGCGUUUCCAAUGGGUUCCAGCGCUCUGUUCUUAGUGUGGACGAAACCCGCGGAACCAAACGGUAUCUUGAGUGGAUACAGGAUAUAUUACGAAGUCGUAAACGGUACCAGGUUAGGACCUUUGCUAGAAAGAAAGCCGUACAUCACGGACCCGGAAUCUACCAGUGCUAAGUUAGCUGCCCUGGCACCUGACACUAAGUAUCGCGUACACAUCCGGGCAACGACCAAGGUCGGCGAAGGAAACGACUAUUUCAUCGAGCAAAAAACGCGCUCGUCUCAACGUCCCGACGUGCCGCAGUUCACUUGGGAAACGAUUCCGAAGGAGAACGGGUACUCGAACGUGAGAAUUAUAUGGCAGCUGAAUCUGAACGGGAACCCGGGAAGUCACUUUUUCGUGAAACAUAAGCUCAAGGGCGAAACGAUAUAUCUCGAGACCGAACCGGAAUAUCACUCGAACACGAUCGAGAUUCGCGGGCUUCGGAGCGGCGAGACGUACGUGAUGUCCGUCGUCGCCGUCGACGGUAACUACUUCACCGAGAGCGACCCGCAGGAGAUAGAAACGAGCAGCGAAGGCCCCAUCAUUCAGCCCAAGGAGAACGUGGCUACUGCCGGAUGGUUCAUCGGAAUGAUGCUGGCGAUCGCCUUCCUCCUUUUAGUACUUAUAAUCGUAUGCGUGAUCAAGCGCAACAGGGGCGGGAAGUAUGCGGUGCACGAGAGAGAAUUAGCUGCCGGCCGCGGCGAUUAUCCGGACGAGGGUGGUUUUCACGAGUACUCGCAACCUCUGGACACAAAGUCCGCGGGUGGCCGCGCGUCUCUGGCGUCCUCCUCGCAUCAAGACGGGAAGCAUCCGGAAUCCGACACCGAUUCCAUGGCGGAGUACGGAGAGGGAGAUACAGGACGUUUCACGGAGGACGGCUCUUUCAUCGGACAAUACGGGCCCAAAGGUAGACCGGAAGAAACGCCACCCAUCCCGAGCGGUACCAUGGCCACAUACGUGUAACCUUUACCGUCGUCUCUCGUUCAGGCCGCACGAAAAUCGUAUUUUUUUUUCGUUUGGUCCGUCAGAAGUAAGGUAACUCCGAUCCUUACUAGCCGCAGCAGCUCUGCUAUGCACUUUGCGCUGGGCGCAACGUCCAACACUAUACUGCCAAUUAGAGAGUUUGGUUUUGGGUUUUAUAGUUCACGCGUAGAGAAGUACGUGAGUUCAAUUGUACACGAAGUCGGUUCGUGUGAAGUGUACGAGUCAUGCGCAACGUUUGUACACUCGCGUCAUUUAAGAAAGAAAAAGGCGAUUCCUUCAUCAUUGUCCGUAUUAUGGAUGUAUGCGUCACUCGAGUAUUCCGGUAGUAUUUAGUAUCCUCGGAGGAAGAUGAGACCUCUCCGAUACGUAUUCGAUCCACGCGGUCGGGCGUGUUAAGAAAUUGAACUUGUUGGUCGAUCGAGAGAGAAGAAACGAAGAAAGAAUUAUUUACGAUUAACGAAUUUGUUGAGCGAUCUUUGACUAAUUAUAAAACCCGAAGACGAUAUAGGUGUCUCAUAGCGUAUGAGCUAUAUUCAUGGACAUAAUGAUAUAGUAGAAAGUAUACUAGCAUCGACCGUAACAUUUGACAAGGCCAGAUUGAGAAUCGACAGUUUCGAAUCAUCGCACAGGGUAUACGAGUUAUGUUUAUAUUGUUCUAAAGUAUGUACGACGCAAACGAGAAGCAUGGUACGCUUUUAAGACUGCAUAUAGAGUCGUGUCUUUCAAAUUAAGAUAAUCAGUAUCGAUAAUUCGUAUCGCCCGGAUUAUUAUUAGUUCAUACGCGAUGCAGUUACUUACUUAUAUGCAAUCUUGAAAAAACGAAAGAGAUGAGAUCGAGCGCAGUCUCGCAAUCUGGCCUGGACUGACACUAAUUUUAAUUAACGAAGGAAAAUAAAUGAAGAAGAAAUGAUUGUUCCAA